GCAAUGAAAUUGAGGUUAUAAUUUAGAAUCAUUCAAUUAAUCUAAAAUCCUACCAUUUUUUCCAAUAGCUCCAUAUUGGCAGCAUUCGCCUUCUUCGCCGCAUUCUUUUGUGAUUGGGAUUUCUUUGGACGGCCCAUUUUUAUCAAAAACAGUUUUAAAAAUGAAAUUCUCAAAAAAAUUGCAACCGCCGGCAAAACAACCACGCCACUGAGUGAAAUCAAGACCAACAAUUGAACAGGACCUGGAACAGGACACAACUCUAAAAUGUAAACAAUGGACUUCUGCAACGAAUGUACGCUGGCCUGUCUACUCUCACCGAAAAUUUUGACGUUUGAGCGGUACCGCUCCGCUCAAACGUCAAAUUUUCGGUGAGAGUAAGCAGGCCAGCAUAAAUUCAUGCAGAAGUCCCUAAGAUGAAUACAAUCUGAUUUUUGCAAUCUAUAAAUCAAAUAUACAUAUUCUUGUUUCACUUUAUUAAUCAAACUAGAUUAAUUUAACGAAUUAGUUUGCAACUCCUUAUCUUCAUCAUCCCAAAUUUAUCAACGAGAAUCCACAUCAAAUUUUAUUUACAGAUAACUGGUUUUUAUUGCAAACAAAAAAAACGAAUAGGCCACUUUCAUAAGUACGUUUGGCAACAAAAAUCAAAUGCAAUGGACCGAUGCGCGAGUUCACUAAUUUGACGUUUGAGUGGUGCCGUGUUUACAGAUAAUGAACUCUUUUUUAUGGCCUAGAUAAAAUGGCACCGCUCAAAAGUCAAACGGUUGAAUACGUGCGUAGGUCCAUAUGCCACUCUACUGACAUUUGAGUCAUGCUUUGUUAUCUAGGCGGCCAUGGAAUCGAGUUAAUUUUUCGUAAACACGGCACGGCUUAAACUUCAAAACUGUGUGCACUGCAAGACGGCAGUUGCUGGUGACUUUACUCUUUGGUUGCAUUUCGGACUUGUUGAAUCAUUCGUAAUUUAUUUACUCUUUGUGUGGUCUGCUGAAAAACAUUAAGUUCGAGCUACAUUAAACAAUAUGAAUACGCGAAGGCGACGUCAUUUCUAUUUGUCGGCCGAAUACUAUGGCCAAAAAUACAACAAAAAGACAAAAAGAAAUGCCAUUGAAAGUGCUUCCGGAUCAUGGAUUUGUCCAGAGAAUGAAAACGAGAUGAAUUAUGUUAAUUCUGUACAAGAUGAAUCAACCAUGCAAAAUGUUCCGCACGAUCGUGAAAAUGUUUCAACUGUUUCGGAUGUGAGUGAUUCAGAAAACGAAUCUUUGGAAGAACAACAUAAUAGCGUUUUGCUUGAUGGACCAGAGAAUUUGCCGAAACUGUUCUCCAUACUCAACAAAAAGCAGUUUACUGUUGGGGCCGGCUUGAUAGUUGACGAUGUUCUGUUAAUGAUUAUGAACUAUUACGUACGACACGGCCUAACACAAACUGCUGUAGAAGAUUUGCUGAAAUUGCUUAACACUAUUUCUGGCGUCAAAGUACUUCCAGAGAGUUUUUCAUCAUUCAUUUCACAUUUUGAGUCCGAUCCUUAUAACUCAUCUCGAAUAUACUACUGCAGUAAAUGCCAGUUUGAUUACGGCCCAACGCCACCGGAAUCAAAUGUUGGAUGCUCUAUCUGCGAAUCUAAAGAGACAGACUUCUUCAUUUCAAUUCCCGUCGAAUCUCAAAUACAACAACUUGUGAUUGAAUAUGAAUCCAAAAUUGAAGAACACCAGCGUUAUAUCGACGAGCAUAACAUUUCUGAUGUAAUGCGCGGCAGGUAUGCCAGGAAAAUUCUUCAGGAGGAAUCACGACCAUGCCUGACCUUGAGUGCCAAUACUGACGGCGCAGCCACUUUCCGAUGCACAACUCAAAAACCACUAUAUCCAUUGUUUGUGACGUUGAACAAUCUUCCUCCAUAUUUACGGUUUUCGAAACACAAUCUAAUUCUUGGCGGUUUGUGGCUUUCCAAUGGUGAACCAAACACCAAUUUAUUGUUCAAGUACUUUUGCAUAGAACUUCAACGAUUAAAGCACGAUGGAAUAACUAUUGGUUCUAAAGUGUAUACCGUGGCAUUGCUGCAAGUCAAUCUGGACUCGGUAGCGAGGUGUAAAGUUCAGAACAUGAAACAAUUCAAUGGAUCAUAUGGCUGCACCUAUUGCCUACACCCCGGAGAAGUUAAAGCUUCAAACAAUUCAAGAUGUUAUCCGUUUCUGAAACACGUUCCAAAAAGAGAAGAUAAACUGACUAGGCAAUUGAUGGACAAAGUAUCCGCGUCAGGCAAGGAGGAGUUAGGAGUCAUGGGAAAAACCGUGUUUACGUUUUUACCGAACUUCGAUGUUAUUGGAUGCUUUCCGCCUGAUUACAUGCAUUCAGUUUUACUUGGCGUUGUAAAACAGCUGUGGAGCUUGUGGACCGAAAGUGAGAAUCAUAGACAACCCUUCUAUAUUGGCAAUCGCUUGAUGGAGAUUGAGCAAAGAGUAUUGGGCUUCCGUCCACCGUCAGUUUUUCCAAGGAAACCGCGACAACUAAAGGAGUACAAAAAAUACAAAGCGAAUGAGUGGGAACCUAUGCUUCUCUAUUACCUGUAUCCGGUGCUGACUGAAAUCCUGCCUCAACACUACAUAAACCAUGUAAUGCUACUGGCAUCAUCCAUUUACCAACUCCUAGAUCCAAAGAUGAAUGACCAGGUGAUAUCCUCUUGUGAAACGAAACUGAACGCGUUUUUACAACAAUUCGAAAAACUGUACGGCAAAGACAACAUGUCCUACAAUGUUCAUUUGCUAGGACAUUUAAGUGAAGCUGUUCGAGAUUACGGAGCGCUUUACAAUUUUUCGUUAUUUCCGUACGAAGCAGGAAAUGGGAUGCUCCAAGGUUUUCGAACGGGAACCAAUAAGCCACUACUUCAAAUCAAACGAAAAUACUAUAUGAACAAGCUGUGCCAUAGGACUACCAUUGGUGUCAAUUCAGAUGUUCGAAAAUGGGUUAACUCCAUGUGGUCGAAAUCAAACACCCAGGUCCAAUUCGAUCCCAAAAUGUUAUAUGUUCUAAAUGAUACCUUCAUAUUCGAUGACGACGUAGAUGCAAGAUCAUUCACCGCUCACAGUAAACUAUAUAUUAAGGGAUUAUGCUUGGGUACUAGGCCGGGGCCCGUGGCGUAGUUGGCCACACGUUCGCUUCAUAUGCGGAUGGUCAUGGGUUUGAUUCCCAGCCCCGGCACUUGUAAUUUUUCGUCAGUUGCUCUUCCCUCGAGAGUGGCUGGCACUGACCCUCUUCUGAGCCCCGUGGCUCAAACGGACCCGGAUACCUGGACAUCGGCGAACUGCUACUCAUAAUGGACCCCCAAUCGGACUGGAAAGGAACAACGACCAUCCAUCAUCCUUGUGCUCAUCCUUCUACCAUGUACGGAGUAGAAAAGUGAAAGCAGCAGAAAGGCAACCAGUUCGAUAAAGUAGAAUAGAAUAUACAUCUAGGCGUUGUACAAAAAAAAAAUGUAAGUGCAGCUGUCAAUGGAAAUCGCUCACGUAGUGCCCUAGUGGACAAUAGAGCUGUAAUUAGG